AUGAGACUAUACUUAAAUGAAAGGCCAAGAACGUUCAUAAUUACGUCCAAUUCAUAUGCAUUAAUCAUUCGACAUCCAUUUCCAAAGUAUAAAGAUAAAGGUUUCAAGAAACGAAUAUCCGCACACAAUAAGAACAAAACCAAUAGUAAUAGUAAUAAGGUGGUAGUUGAGUUUAUAGAAAAGGAAUAUCUCGACCUUACAGCUUGCCGUGAUAUUACACCCCGGAGAUCUAAAUUACUGGGGUUUUUAGGAUUGUUGAAUGUAAAAGGGGGAAUUUACCUUGGAUUUAUAACAAAUGAAGAACUCGUGGCUUCUCCUACAAUAAAUGAAAAGAUCUAUAGAAUAACAGGAGCUGAAUUUUAUUGUCUAAAUAAUGAUGAAUUUGAUUAUCUAAUAGGUGACAAUGAUGAUAAUGGACAAGAUCGCGAACGUUCUGGUUCCGAGUAUCCUGCUGGAUCAGUAAGAAAGCUAUUGUCAAGUGGGGCCUUCUUUUAUUCCCACGAAUUCGAUGUAACUUCAAAUAUCCAAGAACGUGGUGUAUCGUCAGGUUUCAAUAAUCCAGAGUUCAAGUUGAUUGCUGAUUCUCAUUAUUUUAAAAGAUUUCAGUGGAAUGGAUUUAUGAUGUCAGAGUUGAUGGAAUUUCGAAAUAGACUCUCUCAAUUUGAGCAACGACAGAUUGACUCCAAUGGGUUUUUCAUUAUUAUUGCCCGAGGGUAUGCCAAAUCAGUCAAUACAACUAUUGGAGAAGAAGAAGCAUUGAUGACACUUAUAUCAAAACAAGCAUGCGCGAAGGAGGGGCCCUUGUUCGGGGAUUGGGGCUGUGAUGGCAAUGGAUAUGUCUCAAAUUACGUUGAAACAGAAAUCAUCAUUUACACUGAAAGAUUUUGUUUGUCAUAUAUUGUUAUAAGCGGGAAUGUACCUAUAUAUUGGGAAACUGAAAGUACAUUCACCAAAAAGAGUAUAAUAACAGCUAAAAAUGGAAAACGAAUCAUAUUCCCGAGAUCAUUUGAGGCUUCGCAACAUGCGUUCACUAGACAUUUUGAUGACUUGGCUUCGCAGUUUGGAGAUGUUCAUAUAUUGAAUACACUCUCAGAAGAUCCCAAGUCCCACAAGGGAAUCUUGAGCUCUGCAUAUAUCGACCAAAUCCAAUACUUCAAUAAAAGUAGAAGCGAAGAUUUAUAUGACAAUGAUGAAUUUAAUUAUAAAUUACUAUACACCCACGUCCCUAUAACAACAUCUCGCAUGAAAAAAAUAGGAUAUUCGGGCCAAAAUCCGUAUGAUAUAAUUUCAUUGUUAUCUAAUUCAAUUAUCAACUUUGGGGCCUUGUUUUACGAUCAAUCAGAAGGAACAUUUAUUGGCAAACAACUAGGAGUCUUCCGCGUAAAUUCGUUUGACAGCUUAAGUAAAGCAAAUUUCCUCUCCAAAGUGAUCUGUCAAGAAGUUAUUGAAUUGGCAUUUCGUGACAUGGGCAUAAGUCUUGACCGUGACGUCUACAGCAAACAUGCUCAGUUAUGGAGUGAAAGCGAAGAAUAUAUUUCUAAAUUAACCGUCAAUUUUAUAUCCAAUAGUGACAAAUUACAAGCUUCAAGCGCCAGAUCAACCACGUCAUCGAUGAAAUCCCAUAUUACUAAAAAAUACCUCAGCAGCGUUGUUGAUACGAAACCUAAGGAAACUGCAAUAUUAAAGUUGUUGGGGAGGCUACAAGAUCAAAUCAAUUUAAGUUUACACAAUCCAAUUCAUGAUUACGUUUCACGCGAGUUGAAUAGAUAUACACAAGAAUAUACUUCCUAUUUGGACAUAUCGAUUUUCUCAUCCACAUUUAACGUUAAUGGAUCAAUAUAUGAUGGUGACAUUGAAGGCUGGUUAUUCCCAAAGAAGUAUCCAAUGGGCCAGAGCUAUGAUUUGGUAUUGAUUGGGUUGCAAGAGAUUGUGGAAUUGAAUCCUGGUCAAAUGAUGAAUGUUGAUUUCCGAAAUAAAUCACUUUGGGAACGAAAAAUAUUGAAAUGCCUCUCGGAUAAGAAUCCUGAAAAUUGUCGUUAUAUAGUUAUGUGGAGCGGUCAAUUGGGUGGACUAGCAUUGCUAUUGUAUGUGAAGGAAGACAAACUAAAGCAUAUUUCAAAUGUAGAAUGCUCAUUCAAAAAGACGGGGUUAGGAGGUGUUGCUGCCAAUAAGGGAGGUGUGUCUGUUAGUUUCAAAUUUGCUGAUAAUACGUUUUGCUUUGUUUCAUCUCAUUUGGCUGCUGGGUUAAGCAAUGUUGAAGAAAGACAUCAGAAUUACAAAACUCUAGCAAAGGGAAUACAAUUUUCCAAGAAUAGAAGAAUUAAAGAUCAUGAUGCGGUCAUUUGGUUAGGAGAUUUCAAUUAUCGUAUCGGUUUACCUAAUGAACAAGUGAGACCUUUGAUUCAUCAAAAAGCAUUUUAUAAAUUGUUCGAAUUUGACCAACUAAAUAAACAAAUGGCAAAUGGUGCAACUUUUCCAUUCUUUGAUGAAAUGGAAAUCCAAUUCCCUCCCACAUAUAAAUUCGAUAAUGGGACGAAGGAAUAUGAUACUGGUGAGAAACAGCGAAUCCCUGCAUGGACCGAUAGAAUUCUAUAUCAGUCAAGGAAGAAUAUUAUCAAACCAUUAGUUUACUAUUGUGAUGAAGAGUUGAUAUUUUCUGACCAUCGCCCAGUAUUCGCGAUGUUUUCUGCUACCGUUAAGCUAAUUAAUCAAUCUGUUAAAGAAAUGCUAUCAAAUGAACUAUAUGAGAAUUAUAAAAAGAAGUAUGGUGGUAUAAAUAAUAUCCUUACUUCCAACGUCACGUAUCUUUUCGAAGAUGACGAGGAAAGCGGGAAUCUACCAGCACCUAGUUCUGACAAGCUGAAAUGGUGGUUGGAAGGUGGCAAAGCAGCUAAGGUGAUUAUACCUGAACUUCAUGUACUACCAACCGACGGUGAUUAUUUGGUAUUUAAUCCCAAGUGCCCACAGAAUCCAUUUGAAGAAACCAACGAACCAGAAUUCGUUUCAAAAAGUCAAUUAUUAAGAAUGUUGCGUGAUAAGUAA